GUGCAAUCUAUAUUGUAAUACAGAGUUUAGAGGCCUUUUGUUUCACAAAAUAAGCCCAAAACCAACUCAAUGAUCAUGAAUUAUGAAUAAAAAUGUAUACACAAUGAAUUCAGUUUUGUCUGAGGAUUUAUUUGGAUUGGAUUAUUUAAUUGGAUGGAUUAUUUUUGUAAAUAAGGGCUUGGAAUAACGUUGGGAACAACACAGAACACAAACAGAGGUAUGUUCUGUGGGGAACAAGUAGGAAAAGAAGCUCAACAUUCUUGUGGCUUUUUAAAAAUAUCAUUGUGAAUUUUGUAAGCUAUUUAUACAUUUUGAAUUAUUUGGAUACACAGAAAUUCGUACUUCUUGUUUGAUUAAAAAAAUGUUUCCCAUACUUUUGAGGAAUGCGACUGAUCACAAUAUUGGGUAAUUUUCGUGGUUUUUAAUACAUACCGACUAGUUUGGUUAGUGGGCGCUGGUGGGUCACAGGUUCGAACAAAAUGCCUAUUUACCUAUCUAUAGUUAAAGCUUGCCAGGCCUUUACGGGACAGGAGCAAUUACAUAUAUUGCCGAUUUUUUUUAAAUGCUACCAUUCAAUAUAGCAGUAGUAUUCGUUUUAAAAAGCUAAAUAUUAUGCUUUAACAGGUCAUACUUGAAAAUUCAGACCGCAUUAUAUAGGUACUAGGUACGCUUUCUUAGGACAAAUUAUCUUUUCCUUUAGAAAAACAUACUUAAAUAACUACCUAGAACCUUAAAAUCAAAGAGAAGCCACGUAUCCAACUGCCUCUUUCAGUGAUAUGACUACAGUCGUAAUCCUCAAUUCUAAUAUUAGUGGCAUAUCAAUAAUAUUUAUACAGGCUAUCUCCCUGGCGAGGUUACAUCGCACCGCCACUGGUUCUAUUUAUCCAAAUGUAUUUCCCAACAGUAGUCAGUGUUCAGAUGCGACUGAGCCAUUUACAACUAUGUGGAAGACUUUACUUUAAUAUUUUCGUUGCGUUUUUUAAAACAUUCCAAUUUCGAAUUGUUAUGUUCUAAUUCGAAUUUGAGAAAUUCAAGUGAUUUGAGGUAACAAUUGAAAAAGUUUUGUAAAGUUUAAAAUGCUUGUGUUGGAACCUCUUUUCGAAGGAGUCUUAUGUUUUUUUUGUGAUUGAAAAGUGAUGUGAUUUCCAAGAUGACAUCUUUGGGUAUUCCUACGGAAGCUCCAAUUCACACUAUACUGUAUACAUCCGCUUACUCACAAAAACCUGUAAAGGCAACACCUAAAAAGCCCGUAUUCGGUUGCACGAAAGACAUUACUCGAAUUCGGGCACCCGAAGCAAUAUUUAAACUAGAAUAG